AACCACACUCGCUUGAACGGAUCGGUAAAUACCAAUCCAAAAUGGUAAAUACCAUUUCCAUUUGGUUAUCCGCUUGAAUUUGAAUUUAGUAUUGCAAUUUUUGGUGACAACAGCUGUCAAAUGUUGCCGCGGGUAAACUGGAAAAAAUGCUGACAGGUACUGUCAUACAAUUUUUCCAUCUAGAAACCAUUUGUAAUUCAAAAUUCCGCGUUUGUGAUUGGUACAAAUUAAAAGGAGGGACAUAAUCUAGUUAUAGAUGAAGAUGAAGCCAACUACAAGACGCUAUGUACCCGCAUACGUGCACUCUCUUGUGAUCUUUAUUAUUCAGAAAUAUCUCAAGUGUACGUUGUGACUCUGGGUCGUGGGUCAUAACAUUAUCAGUUGUUUAUCAUCCUCCAUUGGCCGGUAUCGGUUUAAUGUGAGUUUAAUGCAAAAAAACAAAAACAACGAAAAAACAUAACCUAACAAUCUUAACACAUUAACAUUUUUGUUAUCCCCAUUAUUUCGGAGCGAAUAGCACCAAAUAAAAAGCUGGUGUAUGAGGGGCAGGAGAUUUCAAAAAUGUGUAGCUCAGGUACAUGACACUCUAGAGCACUGGAACCUGGAACGGUAUUGACAGGUGGUGAGAUGCUCCGAGUAACCCGAACGAGGCACUGGAAUGGAAGCUUGGAUUCCAUGUUCCCUAUCGAAAAUGCCGUGGUACUUGUUUGUGUUCUGUGGUGCAAAAAUAAUAAUAUAAAAAUAUGGGGUUAUGAUUGCUGUUUUCAACUGAGUUUUCAGGAAAAGCAAUACUCUCAGGAUGUAAAUUAAUCGUCGUUAUGUUAAAAAACUCAAAAAUCGCUUACAUCCUGACAAUAAUAUUCUUUAUAAGUUUUCUUGCUAUUAUUUAUCAGAACCAAUUAACAAGACUUUAUGACAGACUCCUUAAACUAGAAGAAUUUCAAGAAAGACACGCAUUGACACGAACAGAAUUGUAUAGCGAAGGAACAGAUAAUCUAGUGGUUUUGUACAAUCGAGUUCCCAAAACAGGCUCGACAAGUUUUGUAGGAAUUGCUUAUGAUUUGUGCAAGCAGAAUAACUUUCGUGUGCUGCAUGUAAACAUAACUGCUAAUAGUAAUCUGCUCACCUUAGAGAAUCAAGUCAAAUUUGUUACAAAUGUAACAAAAUGGGAUGUUAUGAGACCAGCCCUAUUUCAUGGGCAUUUUGCCUUCCUAGACUUCUCGAAGUUUGGACUUCCUAAGCCCUUGUUCAUAAAUCUGAUAAGAAGGCCACUAGAUAGAUUUGUUUCUUAUUAUUAUUUUGUGCGAUAUGGUGACAACUUCAGACCUUAUCUGGUCAGGAAAAAGCAUGGCAAUACAAUGACAUUCGAUGAGUGUGUAAACAAAAGACUGGCAGAAUGUGAUCCAAGCCACAUGUGGUUGCAGAUACCUUAUUUCUGUGGCCAUUCUGCUAAUUGUUGGAAACCCGGUAACAAAUGGGCUCUUCAAGAAGCAAAAAAGAACCUAGUCACAAAUUAUUUCCUAGUUGGAGUAACAGAAGAACUUGAGGACUUUAUUGUGAUUCUUGAACGUUCUCUCCCUAGAAUGUUCAAAGGAGCCACUGAACAUUUUUUGAACAGCAAUCGCUCUCAUUUGAGGAAAACCGUCCAAAAAGAGGUACCCUCUGAGGAGACUAUGCAGAAGAUCAAGAAAAGUGUUGUUUGGCAGAUGGAAAAUGAACUAUACGAAUUCGCGUUAGAGCAGUUUCAUUUUACGAAAAAGCAGUUUUUGAAGAAUAAAAAUCAAAAUGUUAUGUAUGAAAAAAUUAGGCCGAAAACAUAGCUACGUAGACACGUGUCAGGAGAAACAACCUAUACCUAAUAAUUUGGAAUGGUAAACUAUUUGUAUGACUCGUGUUGGUAUGUUUAAUGCCCUAAAUGUUGUUCUUGUUGUGUUGGAAUUUUUGACUUGCUUCAAAAGAACCGUCAAGGGGUAUGGGAAAAGUGAAUUAUAACAAAUAUCGUUUCUUAUUCAGCAUUAUUAGGGAAUGCAACAAAAAUAUCUAGUAUUAUUUAAGAUCUAACCAAUAAUAAAUUGCAAAAUUUGUUUGCUUUUAAGUUCUUGCUUUAUUAACAUGAAUUUUAAUUGUUUAGUCACACAUUCACUGACCAAUUUUUCAGCUAAUGACCUUUGCUAUAUUGUACUUAUUAUAAAAUUAUUUUGCCCUCCAUAAUAACUAUAAGUAGGUAAACAUGGUAACACUGACUGACUAUUACUUUGUACUGUAUUUGUUAUAUUUAUGUAAAUAUUUAUGAAAGUAUUAAUUUGAUCUUUUAAAAUAAAGCGUGUAUAAAUACAGUAUAGUGUUUUUAACAUAUUUUUUGCACCAGAAGCAGCAGCUUUACCACAUAUAUAGUUAAGCAAGGUGACUAAGAAUGGUCAGAAGUCUCGCGAGUCCGCCCAGCAGACCUAAAACAUGGUUAUAGAAUUAAGUGAAACAAAGACAUCGUUAUUUAUAAAUAGAUUCUGUGUAUUUACAACGUUAGGUUAUACAUAGUUAAUAUAAUAAUACAAUAUUUAUAUACAGUAUUCAUUAGUUUACAGCGUGUUAAAUUUGU